AUGUCCUUGCUGGCCAUUGCAGCUCGUUGCUGGCUAGGCUGCUACGCAAUUGUGACAACCUCGAUGACCUGGCACCCUAUGUAUCGCAGGCAUUGGCCGGCCCAAACAAGACAAAAAUCGGCCCAAGGUGUCUACGCGUAUCGAGAACGGUCGUCGCACGAGGUCCCCGACCUGUCGAUUUCUCGAUCGUGUAGUCCUUCCGGCCUGCUCCACUGUGAGAGUGCCCAGACGUACCGCCUGCCGGUGCGCAUCAGUGUUCUGACUGCCGAACCUCCUGUGGAGACUUUGAUCGACGUCUCACAGAACCAUGGGGCCGACGGACAGGACAGGGUUGUUUCAGGCCUGACUGUCGAAGCUUUCCUGUCUCUUCCCCUCAUCUGGGCCUCUGCUCCUCACCCCUGGUCGAAUUUCCACACAGCCAUCGUUGCUCGGAGAUUCUUCCUUCCCCACGGGUGA